GCCCAUCGGAAGGCGCCUUGGGCGGCACUGCGCCUGCGCGGGGGAUUUGAAUCGGCCGGCCCGGGCCGUUGAAGCCUGAGCUGGGAGGCGGCUCCCGCUGACUGUCCGGGCGGCCAUGGAACUGGCGGCUCGCGCGCGGGUGUUUGAAGCCCAGAUACAGCGCUAUCAAGGAGACGACCCCCUCGAUCCCUGGGACAGAUACCUGCAAUGGGUGGAAGGCGCUUUCCCGCUGCAGGGCGGGCAGCAACGCUAUUCCGCUUCUUUAGAGCAGCUUGUGAAAGUCUUCAUCAGCGAAGAGAGGUACCACCAGGAUCCGAGAUUCGUUAAGUACUGCAUUAAACUAGCAGAAUUCAUCAGUGCUCCUAGUCAAUUUUUUGACUAUAUCUACAGCCAAGGAGUUGGUACUAGGACAUCUGCUUUGUACAUUGCUUGGGCUCAACAGCUUGAAACUGAAGGGAAUAUACAGCAUGCUGGUGCUGUUCUUCAAAAGGGUAUUCAUAACCAGGCAGAACCAAUGGAAAAUCUGCAAGAACAAUACAGACUGUUUCAGAGUCGUAACCCUCAAAGUCAUCUGCUGACGCAAGUUGCUGCCCCAAAACAACUUCACAGCUCCCAGACUCCAAAUCAAAUGGCUCCUAGAAAAGAUGUCUCAGAAUCUGGUGACCCAGCCUGUCUCUCCAAAAGUCAGGAUCCAAAUCUUUCUGCAGCUCAGUCUUCUCAGGAUGGAGCAGGAAAAGUAGAGUAUCUUACCUACAUUUCAAAGUCAGCAGUUCUUCCAAAGCUAUCUUCGACCUCCAAUGAAUUUGAGCAAGUGGCGAUGUACAAUAAAAGUAUGCUCAUCUGUGAAGGCUCAGAGCUUUCAUUUGAGGAAGUGAGAGCGAAGAUUGUUUACCGAAAACAAGAAAGAUUGAGACGACAAAAAGAAUGGGAAAAAGAAGAGAGGGACUAUGCAAAGAGAAAAGAAUCUGCCAUCCUUGAAAUGCAGUUCUUGCAGCAGAAGCUGGAACAGCUCAGUCAGCUGACCAAAGACUAUCCAGAGGCUAAGCUGGAAGAGGCAUCCAUGCUACCGUCUGUUCCAGAUAGAAUGGUGGUUGAUCCAUGUGUGAAACCAGUUCCUGCUCUACAGCAAGAUUGGACAGCACCUUCUCAGGUGACAAAUCUGCAAACCUUAUGGAGCCUGGGGCCAGACCAGCUGCAGUCAAGGGCUGCAGCAAGUACUUCAACAGCAGAUACUUCUGUAUCACAGCCUGUUGAAGCUGCUAGCCAUCAGUCUGUGUCAGAGUCACUAUCAAUGGUAACAUAUGAAAAGGUCACAGGCGAAGCUAAACUAGAUCUUGGAGAACUCCAGAAUACUCUAUUACAACUUGAGCUCAAGAGUCGUGAUGCUGUUUCUCAGCCUAUUCAGGAACAUUCCGCCUUCAGUCAUGGCCACUCUGUUGGACAGCAGCACUCAAAUGUGAGCACUCCUGGUCUCAAAUUAGAUCACUGCACAGAGAUGAAAGAAGCACCUAGAAUUGGAAAUGCUUCUGUCAGCUUUGGAAAUGCUUCUCAAGCCACCCCGAACUCCUCACUGGGAGGAGUGAUGCAGGCAACUCCGUUCAAAGUGCAGCCCUCACCCACUGUUCAUACUAAAGAAGCACUGGGAUUUUUAAUGGACAUGUUUCAGACACCUAUCCUGCCUGAAAUGUCUUCUCUUCAAGAAAAUGAGGAGAAAUUUGAGGCCUAUUGUAGAAAAAGUGAGCCUGGUAAAAGCAUGAAAGCUAAUGCAACUGCCCCUGUUGUGUCUGCUUUUUCCGUUUUUGAAGAUGAGAAUGAAAAAGAAAACAAUAGGUUCCCACAGCAAAAAAACAAGCUUGCCCGGGUCAGAGCCUUCGGAGAACAUCCCUUACUCAGAUGUGCUGAGCAAUCAAAAGAAGGAACUCGGACAACAGAGUUCUUGAUGGAUGACUCCACUGUGUGGGCUCUGCACUGUAAUAACAAAACACUGGCGCCCAGUCCCAACAGCACAAGAGACUUUGCACGAGCUACACAGCUUGCUUCAACCCCCUUUGGCUACCUGUCAGCGCACUCAUGGCAAGCCAUGGAGGACAAAGAAAAUGCAGUCCACAACAAUGAUGGUAAGAUGGUUCUGGAUUCUUCUGAGGAGCAGUACAUGGAGGCAUCCAAUACCAGGAAGCUAAGCCCAGUGUUGGAGCAGAGCCCAGAACAAGGAUAUCUGUCAGGAAAUGCACCCUCUGCAGCUGCUUCUCUAGUGUUAAACCAGCAACUAGCUACUGAGAAGCCUGUGUUGGAGACUUUGCAAGCAGCCAGGGGAUAUUCAGAUGAGGAGAUGGUGCUAACUGCAUGUAAAGAGUCAGUCAGUACUCCACAGGUUCCCGUGUGUGCAGAGGACAGGACAUACCAGAAUGUUAAAGCUCCAGUCAUUGUUGAAAACCCUUGGGACGAGGGCUUAAUUCGCAAACUUCUAUCAAGGCUACCUAAACCACUGAGUACCUACUCCAAUACUUUUGAAUGGAAAUCCAGUCUUCCCACUGUCAAACUGAAGACUGAACUUACACUGGGUUCUAAAUCAUUCCAUGUGGAUUGCUUACUUGGAGAAGGGGCUUUUGCUCAUGUCUAUCAGGCUUCUGUCCUGGAUACAAAUAACCCUAAAAAUAACCAGAAAGUAAUAUUAAAGGUGCAGAAGCCUGCAAACCCUUGGGAGUUCUAUAUAGCAUGUCAGCUGAUGGAGAGGCUUAAACCAAGUGUGCGACAUCUCUACAUCCAGUUUUAUUCUGCUCACUUCUUCCAAAACGGAAGUAUAUUAGUUGGUGAGCUAUACAACUAUGGAACUUUACUGAAUACCAUAAAUAUUUACAAAAAGCUUCCUGAAAAAGUGAUGCCUCAAGCACUAGUAAUCUAUUUUGCUGUAAAAAUUCUAUACAUGGUGGAAGAGCUCCAUAACUGUGGAAUCAUUCAUGGUGACAUUAAACCUGAUAACUUCAUACUUGGAGAAAGGCUUUUGGAUAAUGACACCUGUGACAUAGACAGUCUCUCUCAUGGUCUGACAGUCAUUGACUUGGGUCAAAGUAUAGACCUGACACUCUUUCCUGAAGGAACUGCGUUUACAGGAAAGUGUGAGACAUCUGGAUUUCAGUGUAUCGAAAUGCUGACACAGAAACCAUGGAACUACCAGACUGAUUACUUUGGAAUUGCUGGAACAAUAUACUGCAUGCUCUUUGGCACCUACAUGAGGGUGAGAAAUGAGGAAGGGAUCUGGAAAACUGAGGGAGUCUUCAGAAGGAUUCCUAAUGCAGAAUUGUGGAAUGAGUUAUUCUGCAGCCUCCUGAACAUACCAGACUGCCAUCACCUUCCAUCUUUGGGAGCUUUACGCCAAAAGCUAAGAGACUUGUUCCAAAAGUCAUAUGCUAAGGAAAUAAAGUUCCUCCGCAACAGGCUUGUGGUAUUGCUCAUAGAAAACAAACGUUCACGAAAAUAAGCCUUGAAUUUAAAGACUUCUGUUUCUCUUAAUAUGGAGAGAAGCUUUCUACAUAUACUUUUAAAAUGUCAUGUCUUUUCAAAAUACACUUGGUUUGCUACUGA